UCGUCUACAUAGAAACACAGUGCCUUCUGUCAGAUCAACAUUUCAGCCAUACAGAUUUUGUAAAAAAUUAAGAGUUGGGAAAAACCUAAAAUUUCAGUCAUGGUUCAACUUUCGCGGACUUCAAAAUUAACCAUCGUUUGUGUGGCCGUCUAUAUGAUCUAUGUCCUGUUCACAUUCUUUCUUUUGCCCAUACUUAUGCCGGACCCGGUGACUCUGCAGCGAUCAUUGCUGUCCUACAGCACCAGCCACCUGGGCGAUCUGAGCAACUUGACUAUGGAAACCGGCGGCCAGCCGAUCCGCUCAAUGCUCGUCACGUUCCGGGGAUCGGGUGCCCUGACCCUGCUGGACAACCUGGCGCAUCAGCCGGGUUGCUAUCAGCACUACGCUCCACUGAUCGCCUACGAAAGCCGUCCCAUUGCCGCAAAGGAGCACGAUCGGGCCUUGGAGGAGCUGGUGGCGCUGUACAACUGCAACUACAACAUGUCUGCGGAGAUGAUCCAAUGGGGAAUGCGAUCGCCGGUGUUCCGACGCUUCUACGGCGCACAGGCCAAGAUCUGUCGCACUUACAGCCAGGUGACGUGCUGGGAUCCCGAGACUAUGGCCGCCGUCUGCAAGCUGCACCCAUUCAUCAACAUGGCGGUGUACAACUUGCGUCUGAGUCUCCUCGCUUCCCUAUUGGAACGCAAAGAACUGCAUUUGAGCAUCCUACUGCUUGUCCGCGAUCCUCGAGGCACCAUUUAUUCCCGAAUGAAUAACAAGUGGUGCUUGAAUGAAAGGGAUUGCGACGCACAGGCCCUUUGCAGCGACAUGGUCAGUGAUUAUCAGAUGGUCGAGACCCUCAUCCAAUCGUAUCCCCAGCGUUUCAGCAUUAUACGUUACGAGGACUUGGCCCUGCAGCCCGAGGAGAGUAUCAAACAGGUAUUCGCCUUCUACGGGUUGCCCCUGGAACGAGCCAAGCCCAGGACUCAGAAAAUUCAUCCGCGCAGUGGCUAUUUCGCAGAGUCCUCCCACUGGGAGGAGCUGUUCAACCAGCCCGCCUUCGAGUGGAUCAGCGAAAUGACGGUGGACGACAUUGCGGCCGUACAGGACGUGUGCGGCCAGGCCAUGGACCUAUGGGGGUAUCGCUCGAUUCAGGACUUCCAGCACUUUUCACCGGAAUCUUUUCAACCUGUUUUGGGCAAAGCCUAGGUAUUCGUGGGC